GGCCCCCGGCGCCAUCUCCCGGCUCCCCCUGGCGGCAGCGCCGUGGCCAGGUCCCGGCCCCGGCCUUGGUUUCUCGCCAGCUCCCCUCGCCGUGCUGCGGGACGUACCAAGUACCGCGUGGAGGGAGGAUUGAGCGUUGCCGUGCCCUCUCUGCGGGCAGCCGGCUGGCUUUGAGGGCUGUAGAGGAGGGUGUGAAGCCCUCAGCUCCGUUGUUUCGCCGCUGUCGGGAGGUUUUUUCGUUUUUCCUCGCUUUGCCGGCCGCCGCGCCUCUCCUCUGCGGGAAGGGUGAGUGGUGCAGCCCUCCAAGAUGGCCGCCACCAUGAAGAAGGCGGCUGCUGAAGAUGUCAAUGUUACUUUUGAAGAUCAACAGAAAAUAAACAAGUUUGCAAGAAAUACUAGCAGGAUCACAGAGCUGAAAGAAGAAAUAGAAGUUAAAAAGAAACAACUUCAGAAUUUGGAAGAUGCCUGUGAUGAUAUCAUGAUGCUUGAUGAUGGUGAUUCACUUCUGAUACCGUACCAAAUUGGAGAUGUCUUCAUUAGCCAUUCCCAAGAAGAGACACAAGAGAUGCUGGAGGAGGCAAAGAAAAGUUUACAAGAAGAAAUUGAAGCAUUAGAAUCUCGAGUGGAAUCAAUUCAGAGAGUGUUAUCUGACCUGAAAGUUCAGCUCUAUGCAAAGUUUGGAAAUAACAUAAAUCUUGAGGCUGAGGACAGUUAAAGGUUCUUUAACUAUAUCAUAAACCUUUUCCUUGUUUUAGUAAAUAUUUUGAUAGCUCUUCUCUUCCAAUAGCAUUUUUAAAAAUUCCACUUUUUUUUUAACUUUCCUGGGUUGGAUUCCACCUAUUUAAUGAGAGCUUUCAUAUUUUGGUUAUUGCAGUUAUUUAUUUGUUCAGGAAAGCAUUAGCUUCAUGCUGUUGAUAAAGCACCAAGAUUGGAAUAUAUGCAUUGUUUAUUAAAGUAAUAAAGUCAGGCACA